UUUAAGGGUCUAAAUUCAAUCUUUAAGCAUUGGUCUGUGUGUGAUUAGUUAUGUUUUCUUUGGUGUCACUUUGUCUUCUUUCAUUUGGUGUCCAAAUUGCAUAUGAAGACAAGUCUAUCGUUAUCAAAGUUCAAACAGACAAAGAUAUCAAAGUUCAAGACAAUAUUAUUGAUAUAUUAUAUCUAUCACAUGUGUUUGAAGUCAUUUUGCAUCUCAUGUUUCAAGUUGUUCACAUUGGUAGAUGAAGCUUUUCAUUGAAUCCAAAAGCCAGGAGAAACAAAUGAAAAACUAGAAAAUAGUACCAAUGAUCUCUAUGACACUCCUUUGCAUCCACCAUAACAUUCUUCCUCCACAUACUACAUUUGCCUCUAAAUUCCCCAACUCCUUAAUUAACCUCCUGAAACAAAUGACCAAACAAAACACAUCUUAUAAUCUAACAAAAAUAAAAACCUUGGGAAUACAAGAUUAUGGCGAUUAGGAGAUGAAAGCAUAAGAGCUUGAAGCUUGUUUACAACGUCAACACUUGUUUCUUCUUCAGUUUCCUCUCAUCUUUGGUCAGCCUAUACGGAAUGCAUCUGUUCAAAAGUGUAGCCAACACUAACCAAUCAACGAUUUUUGCUUUUUCUGAUUUUAGUUUUUCUUUUGUAUUUAUGAGAAUUAAAAAUAUAUCUCUACCACCAUAAAUUGUUUUAGAGUUCACAUAAAUUGUUUUAGAGUUUAUUAAUUGUGUCGGAUAAUUUUUUUUUUUUUUGGUAAUCUGUGUCAGAUAAUUACGUUUGUUUAUUUAUUUAAUCUGAAAUCCAUUAUUAAAUUGAUGAAACUAAUACAUAUCAUCAUCAUCAUCAUCAUCAUCAAUUAAAAAAAACUUGAAAUUAAAUUGAUAUGAUAUAUCAUGUUUGUUGCAAUUGAUGAUAAUACGUUUCAUAUUCGUACUAAUCCUGCUCUGAUUGGUCGUCACCAUCUGUUUCCACUGACUCAUGAAGCUGCGGAGAGAUGACUGCAGCAUAUGCAAAAUGCUAUGGACGAGUCGACCGAGAACCACUUCACAAGAGACACAGAUUUUGCGGCGUAAGUGUGUAUGCAAAAGAGAUGCAAUUCAUUGAUAGCAGAGAUGAAGAAGUCAACGGUGAGAGGGAUUGCAUGCAUCAUCAUAACGAGAAGCGAGCUACAGCCCCAUCAUCACUACCAAACGAUGUCGUGGAAGAAAUCUUCAUAAGACUUCCCGUGAAAACCCUAAUCCGGUUCAAGUCUCUCUCAAAACAGUGGAACUUGAGGAUCAAGUCUCACAGUUUCGCAGAAAAACACUUGAAGAUGGCCAGUUCAUACCAAGUGAAUCAUCCUAGUCUCAUGCUUUUUUUCCCCAGCCCAAUCACUAGCACAGAGAUUGAGUUUCAUCCAUUCUGCUUAGAAGGUCGUCGUCCUCUAUCCCACACUCAACUCAGUUUCCCUUUAGGGUUCCUUGGAUGGAUCCACUAUUCCAGAAGCUGUGACGGUCUUUUCUGCAUACAGUCCUCAAAAUCUAUUUGUGUAGUUAAUCCAGCUACUCGUUGGUUCAGAUAUCUUCCUCUGUCUGGGUAUCAGAUUUUGAAUCCCACCUACCUUCCGGCGAACCUAAUCACUGCUGCAGCAUUCGUGAAGGCCGCUGAUUACAAAUUAGUGUGGUUGUAUAAUUCUUUUCCAUUCCCUCCAAACGGAGUCACCACUUGUGAGGUUUUCGAUUUUAGGGCAAACGCUUGGAGAUACUUGACAUGUACGCCAAGUUACCGCAUUUAUGGCUGCAUUUAUUGUGAGCCAGAGUCUGCCAACGGGUCAGUUUAUUGGUUCACGGAACGAAAUAACAACUACAAAAUGGACGUAAUAGCUUUCGAUAUCCAUACUGAAAAAUUUCGGUUGCUGCCUAAGAUUCAUUCGAGUUCAGAUCCUGAUCUUAACGACCAUCGUAGCAUGUGCACUCUGGAUGAUCGUUUGUGUAUAUUGAUAACCACCAGUAUACUAGACAAGGAGUUUUGGAGAUUAAAGUCAUCAGAAGACAUGUGGGAGAAGAUUUAUACGAUUAAUUUUCUUUCUACUCCACUCUCUUGGAUUGGCAGUGAGUCUUAUUGGAGACCGGUGACAAUGUGGAAGAAGAAGAAGAUGUUGCUCUCACAUCCAUGUUCAGGGAAUCUGGUAAUAUACAAUCUCCAAACAGGAUCUGUCCGUAUAAUCCAUUCACAUACACUUUGUAUGCCAUAUUUUGAGAGUCUGAUCUCUCAUAUAUAGAAUGCUUUUGAUCGAUUUUAAGCAUAUUUGGAAGUAUGUAAUAAUCAGAAACCUUUCUUUAUGUUUUAUUGAUUAUGAGUUUUGUUUCUUAUGAUUUUCCAUUAUGUUUGCAUUUAACUAGAACUGAGACAGUGUUUAUUUGAAACAUCAAAGUCUAAGACCAAGCUCAAACAUUUUCAGAGAA